UGUGAGCCUGUGGCCGUUGGGCGGCGCGCGCGCCUGCCUCGGCAUGGCGGAGGAGUCGGCGGAGGAUUGGCUGCUGGAGUCCUUGCGGCUAUAUAAUGAUUUGCAUGUGUUUGAGCUCCAAGAGCCGACAAGAGUCAUUGAAUGGAUAGGAGAAAAAAGUGUCUGUGUAGCGGGAUACGAAAGCUCCAGAAGAAAUGAAAUUCUCCAGCUCCUGUUGCCUCAAAAACUGUAUGUGAAAGAGAAGCAGGGUUUGUGUCCCGAGAGAGAUUUCAAGGUGGAACGUGGUGGAUUUUCCGACCGCCCUGUGUACAGCCUGCGGCAUGUGCCAGACACCAGCUUGCUGGUAACAAGUGGCCCGCCAGAUAGUUCCCUGCAGGUGUGGCAGUUGGCAGCGGAGGACACUGAUGUUGUUAAAUCUGUAAGUACCAUCCCUACGGGAAAUGACAGCAAGAAACCUUGGGCUAAAAUUGCAACCACUUUGGCCAGAACCCCCUGUGUCCUUCAUGGCUCAAGAGUCAACAAUGUCCAAAUUACAGAGAUUGAAUCAAAGAAAAACAUCUACACAGCAGCCUCUAGUAUCAGCGAUGAGGUCAGCGGCCUGGAAUUCCUGGACUGUAAUACUUUGCUGGCCUGCUGCGUGAAGGGCCGGCUGUGCCUGGCAGAUGUUCGACAGCCGCAGAGUCCCCUGGGCGAUACGUCCGUUCCUUCGGCGCUCAGUGGGGAGCAGUGGUGCAUGGGUGUCAGUUCUGGUCUGCAGGGCUCUGAUGUGAAUGCACCCGCCAUAGCCCGCCUCUCGUCCGAAGGACAGCUCACACUAACAGACUUGAGAAAUAUCCCAAAGCCUCUGAAAUCGGCCAGGUGCAAAGUUUCUGCAGCCAGCCAAAGCGCGGAGUUCCUGUGCGUCUCCUGGGCUCCUGUUCUGGGUGGAUGCCUCGCCAUUUCAGGCUUCAAUGGGACCGUUCACAUCUAUGACACACGGAACUGGCCUGUGUCUGGUGGAGAAGCAGAGCCGCUGUUUAGUCACAAAGGACAUAUCUUCAGUGGCAUGGACAACGGCGGUGACUUUCCCCUGGUUACAACACAUGCUUGGCAUCCGUGGAAACCAAGAAUGUUGUUAUCAGCAGCAAGUGAUGGCUCCCUGCAUGUCUGGGACUGGGCAGAGUCUCACAAGGACAGUUGAUCUGUCUUCCUGUUAUGAAAACUCACACUGAUUAAUUUUUUUCUGUAUUUCCACUCUGAAAUCUGCUGCCCUUGCAUGUGUAACCCUGUGUAUAAGGGACACUCUAGACCGAAGAUCAUUGUUCAGAAUAAGUUUUACACUUUGGAUUAUUUAAAACAGUAAGAAUUUUAAACAUCUGUUUCAUUUGUCACCAUUUUUCCUUUUUUAGUUCUUGCAUCCCCCUCAGACUGCCCUCAUGUGGCCUGUGUCACUUACUGCUUCUCAGAGCUGCUGUGAGCUGGCUUCCCCACCACCGGGGAAAAUCUGCAACCUAAGACAGCAACAUUUCAGUAGUUUUAAUACCAUGAGACUAGUUCCACUGAUGAAACCGUAGUGCACCGGGCAAUCCACGCUUAUAGCUCCUGUGAUGUAGACAGCAGCCUUUCAACACUAAUACACCUGGCUUAAUUUUGAAGGGCUUUUUGACCUCUCUUGUGCAACUAAGGCCAAGAAAGUGUGGAUAAUACCUCGUAGCUCAUGCAUAGCACUUUUCAUCAGGAUAAGUGUCUGAUCGUUUAGGCUCUUAAACACCGAAUGGAAUUGGAGGCUAGUUAUUAGUUGCACGUAAUGCUCUACAGACAAAAUCCCUGCCCCAAAUAUCUUACACUCAAAUGCCUAAACCCUGCAGCCACGUACCGGGUAUGCCUGAGCAGCGCCCCAUUGACUUCAAUGGAACACCUUGUGAGCGUACAGGCUCCAAUUGUAGGCCCAGGGCUUAUGAUAGAGGACGUCAGGGUGAAUUGUAACAAAUACACGUGACAAUAUGCUGUUGAAGUUUGGCUUAUGUUUAACUGCAGGGUUUUGUGUAGUGUGUGUGUG